GAGAGCACUGGCUGCCGGUCUCGACUGGCUUCAUCAUCUGAAUGCAAACACAUGGAACUUUUUCCGCUGCCAUCGCCACUUCUCUCACGCCUCUCCUCGACCCCUUCCUCCGACACUCCUCCAUCCAGACCAGAUCACAGGCCCAGCAGCUCCAUGCCCUCCUCCUCAAGUCCCACCCUCGUCCCUUCCCCCUCGUCUUCUCCCUCUACUCCGCCCUCGGCCUCGUCCGCGACGCCCGCCUUGCCUUCACCGCCGCACCCACCCCGUCCCCGCCCUGCUACGCGGCCGUCAUCCGCUGCUCCGCUGCCCGCGGCCUCUUCGACCACUCCGUCUCUGCCUUCGUCCGCAUGCGGUCUUUUAGCUCCCCUCUGGCCGACGCCGUCCUCCCCUCCGUCCUCAAGUCCUGCGCCGCCCUCAGGGAUCCCCACCUUGGGACAGCCGUUCAUGGUUUCUUGAUCCGCUCGGGUUGGGGUGCCGAUCUCUUCACCGCCAACGCCCUCAUGAACAUGUACUGUAAGUUGUGUCAUGCCAAGGACGACGGCCUCCGGAAUUCACCUGCUGAGGUGUCCAGCGGAGGCGCCCUCGGUGGCGAUUCGAGAAAGUCGGGAUUUUCUCGUGCCAGCCAGAUUCGACUGGGUCCUUUGGGGAGCGUAAGAAAGGUGUUCGACGAGAUGCCUCAACGAGAUGUCGUCUCGUGGAAUACUUUGAUUGCAGGGACUGCAGAGAAUGGUAUGCAUGUAGAAGCUUUAGAGAUUAUCAAGGAGAUGGGCGUAGCUGGUCUGAAGCCUGACUCAUUUACUUUGUCGAGCGUUCUCCCGAUCUUUGCUGAAUAUGUUGAUGGUUACAAGGGAAUGGAGAUUCAUGGGUUUGCGAUAAGGCAUGCAUUCGAUACAGAUGUGUUCAUUGGGAGCAGCUUGAUCGAUAUGUAUGCCAAUUGCACUAAUGUGGAUUACUCACGCCGAGUAUUUGAUCUUUUACCAAACCCUGAUCCAAUUUCGUGGAAUUCUAUCAUUGCGGGUUUGGUGCAAAACGGCAUGUUUGAUGAGGGGCUCAAGUUGUUUAGGGAGAUGUUACUUUGUCGGAUAAAGCCUAUGCCUGUGACUUUUUCUGGCAUCAUGCCUGCUUGCGCUCAUCUGACAACACUGCGUCUUGGGAUGCAGCUCCAUGGGUAUGUCGUCAGAGGUGGGUUUGCAGGGAAUGUUUUUGUAGCCAGUUCACUUGUUGAUAUGUAUGCGAAAUGUGGAAAUGUCCAUAUUGCUCGGCGAGUCUUUGAUGGGGUGCCAUCACCAGAUAGCGUUUCAUGGACUGCCAUGAUCAUGGGUUAUGCUUUGCAUGGGCCAGCACAAGAAGCUCUAUCACUGUUUCAGCGAAUGGAGACCGAGAAUGGGAAACCUAAUCAUGUGGCCUUUGUGGCAGUCUUGACUGCUUGUAGCCAUGCUGGUCUGGUUGAUGAAGCCUGGGAUUAUUUCCAUAGAAUGUCUAAUGAUUAUGGAAUUAUUCCCAGGUUGGAGCAUUAUGCAGCAGUUGCUGAUCUUCUUGGUCGAGCUGGGAAAUUAGAGGAAGCCUAUGAUUUUAUUUCAACCAUGCACAUAAAACCUACUGCUGGUGUCUGGUCCGCCUUAUUGGGUGCUUGUCGGGUUCAUAAGAAUGCUAAAUUAGCUGAGAAAGUGGCUGCAAAAAUCUUUGAUAUCGAACCCAAGAACAUGGGGUCUCAUGUUCUCAUGUCAAAUAUCUAUUCAGCUGCAGGAAGAUGGAAUGAGGCAGCCAAAUUACGAAUGACCAUGAAGGACAAAGGUAUGAAGAAACAACCAGCUUGUAGCUGGAUCGAAAUAAAGAAUGAGUUACAUGCAUUUGUAGCACAUGAUACAUCUCACCCAUGUUACAAUAAGAUAAUCAAUGCUCUCAAAGUUCUGUUGGAGCAGAUGGAGCGAGAAGGUUAUGUACCCAACACGGAGGACGUGCUUCAUGAUAUUGAAGAAGAGCAGAAGAGAAAUAUGUUAUGCGGUCACAGUGAAAGGCUUGCAAUAGCAUUUGGCAUCAUAAGCACUCCUCCUGGAACAACCAUCCGAGUGACAAAGAAUCUUCGAGUAUGUGUUGACUGCCAUACGGCAACAAAAUUUAUUUCGAAGAUUGUUGGAAGGGAGAUAGUUGUGAGGGAUUUGAACCGCUUCCACCAUUUCAAGGAUGGGGAAUGUUCAUGCGGGGAUUACUGGUAGAUCAGAGUAGGGAUGGGAUUGUUAGCCAUAGAAUUUGUCUUGGAAGUGGCCCUUCUCUGAUGCUUUAUGCAAUGCUAACCGAGAAUCAAGUGAAGACAGUGAUUUUUGACUCAAAUAAAUGUUAUUACAGCACAUCAAGCAACCUUUAGGUGAGUCAACUCUAAAUCUAAUUCUCUUCUUUGAAUGGAACAAAUAGAAUUCCCUAUCUUAAGGUCUUAGUCUACAGAUAAUGCUUUGCCCCUAAUUAGUCUCAGCCAAAGACAAGCCAGGACUUUGCUGAGACCAGCAGAGUCCUGAAACUUGUUCCAAACCUCUAAUAACAGCAAAUAGAAUGGCAGAGUGGACGGCUUCAUUUUGUUUAUAUAACAGAAUGAGCCAUCUGUUUGCCCUAUCCUUGGGAUUUAAUGUGUUUCGUAGAAGAUUCAUUUGUUUCAUAGAAAUGAAAGCUACAGUCCUGUUUGUAACUACUUUAAGUUAUAGUAGGUUUGAAUUCCGUAUUUCUGCGAUAAAGAAUAAAAGUUGAAAGUAAUAAUAAUCUUCCAGUAUGCAGUUAACUAAUAUAUUUGUAGCGUGGACGAAGGAAGCAGGAUAUGCAGACACAUAAUUAUUUUUGUGCAACUCCAUAUUACAGAUAUGCAAUCGCAUGCAUCUUAUUGCUACUGUACACCUUAUUGGAUGAUGUAAAACACUGAGCAUCAUGAAUUGAGGCUGCAUGAACAGCAUUUAGAACAUUGAUUUAAACUUUCCUUAUCUUUAUGAUUAUGGACUAGAUGCAUAACUUUCCUUUAUACUGUUUUCUUUUCUUUUGCUAUCUCAUAAUCAUUAUUCCAUGUGAUCUUUGUUCUUUUUUACCUGAAUUUCUUGGUGACACGGAUGGUUUUAUGAUUUAUAGAUCACUAGUUUGCGCUUGCAAUUGCACAUUGAUGUGUUUCUGGGUGCCACUUUAAUUCAAAUAAAAGCCAUUCUUUCCUGAAGAAAAAAUAUCUUUCCUCGAGUCAUUGUUAAGGUGUUAUGUAAAUA